UUUACAGAAGGGUAUGAAAUGGCAACAUGGUGCUAAACCCUAUGGUUUUCUACCCCUCUACGGUGAGGACGUUGAUUGCCAUGGUCACCGUGAAGAGGAGCUGAAGGUUUUUCCUUCUGAUGAAGGAUUCAGUUGGGCAAAAGAUAAUUACAACUCUGGGCAGAGUAGCGCAGAUAUCUGGUCUUUUGUUCUUUCUCUUCGAAUCCGCGUUCUAUUCGACAAUGCAAAAUGGGCCUAUGCAGGUGGAUUCUCGGAGGAAAACCAGAAAGUUCGUAGGAGGAAAACUGCUUCAUGGUUAAGAGAACAAGUAUUGCAGCUUGGUCCAACGUUUAUUAAGCUUGGACAGUUAUCUUCCACAAGAUCUGAUCUAUUUCCAAGGGAAUUUGUUGACGAGCUUGCAAAAUUGCAGGAUAGAGUACCUGCAUUUUCUCCUGAGAAGGCAAGGGCUUUCAUAGAGAAAGAAAAGGGUUGCCCAAUUGAAGUUGUGUUCAAGGAAGAGGAUCGUCCGAUAGCUGCUGCCAGUCUUGGUCAGGUACGUCGUGCAGUGCUUCACAAUGGAGAGAGAGUGGCAGUUAAAGUGCGACCAGGGCUCAGAAAACUUUUUGACAUUGACCUAAAGAAGUGAAACAUUUGGUGGUCCUUCAAGGGAUUGGAUUAGUAUUUAUGAAGAGUGUUCCAAAAUUCUGUAUGAAGAAAUUGAUUAUAUCAAUGAAGGAAAGAACGCAGACAGAUUUCGUCGAGAUUUCAGAAAUAUAAAGUGGGUCCGUGUGCCACUUAUCAUGUGGGACUACACAACUGAAAAGGUGUUAACCCUGGAGUACGUUCCUGCUUGCUGUUUGGGAGAAGAAAAGACAAAUCAGAAGGGGCAUGUAUCCUACAUGGGACAAAAGCCUAUGAGAAGGGGAGAAUGGGUGGCAAAUGGACUCAAGAUUGUGCAGCAAAAAGGUACGCAUACACUCCUAAAAUUAGCUGUCAUUUGGACUCAACAUUGUGUAGGCAAGGCACGAUGAUGACCGCGGCAGUCCCUUGGCGUCUACGGCAGCAAUACAACUCGCAUGGCAGCUUGCCUAGAUCAACCAGAAGCACAUCAAUAAACCAAGGCAAUCUCC